AACGGCGAAAGUAGUUCCGCCGCAUAAAGGCACUUGACGUCGCCAUUACGAUCUUUUCCAGUCGCAUGCCGAAGUUGGAUACAGAUCAUGUCUAACGAUUCUGCUGAUUACAACAGCGACCAUGUGGGGCCAGAUGGAAUGGAGCCAGAUGGUGUCAUUGAGAGCAACUGGAAUGAAAUUACAGACAACUUUGAUGAUAUGAACCUGAAGGAGACUCUUCUCAGGGGAAUUUAUGCAUAUGGUUUUGAGAAGCCGUCGGCUAUUCAACAGAGGGCUAUAAUCCCUUGCAUUAAAGGCUAUGAUGUCAUUGCCCAAGCCCAGUCAGGCACUGGCAAGACGGCCACAUUUGCCAUCUCUAUCUUGCAGCAGCUGGACAUAAAGCAGAAGGAGACUCAGGCUCUGGUGUUGGCUCCCACCAGAGAGCUGGCUCAGCAGAUUCAGAAGGUCAUUCUGGCUCUGGGUGACUAUAUGGGGGCAACCUGUCAUGCCUGUAUUGGAGGGACCAAUCUUCGUAGUGAAAUACAGAAGCUUCAAGCGGAAGCGCCGCACAUAGUUGUGGGCACACCUGGUCGGGUGUACGACAUGCUCAACAGGCGACAUCUGUCCCCAAAGUGGAUCAAGAUGUUUGUUCUGGAUGAAGCUGAUGAGAUGUUGAGCAGAGGUUUCAAAGAUCAGAUUUAUGAGAUCUUCCAGAAGCUGAGCACAAACAUUCAGGUUGUUCUGCUCUCGGCCACCAUGCCCACAGAUGUGCUGGAGGUGACAAAGAAGUUCAUGCGAGACCCCAUUCGCAUUCUGGUGAAGAAGGAAGAGCUUACCCUCGAGGGUAUUAAGCAGUUCUACAUUAAUGUGGAGCGGGAGGAGUGGAAGCUGGACACCCUGUGUGACCUUUACGAGACUCUGACCAUUACCCAGGCUGUGAUCUUUCUCAACACCAGGAGAAAAGUGGACUGGCUGACGGAGAAGAUGCACGCAAGAGACUUUACCGUCUCUGCUCUGCACGGUGACAUGGACCAGAAGGAGCGUGAUGUCAUUAUGAGGGAGUUUAGGUCUGGCUCAAGCAGAGUCUUGAUCACUACUGAUCUGCUGGCUCGUGGCAUCGAUGUGCAGCAAGUGUCCCUGGUCAUAAACUAUGAUCUUCCUACAAACCGUGAGAACUACAUUCACAGAAUCGGCCGUGGCGGCCGCUUUGGCAGAAAAGGAGUUGCUAUUAACUUUGUCACUGAAGAGGACAAGAGGAUCCUGCGCGACAUUGAGACGUUUUACAAUACUACAGUGGAGGAGAUGCCCAUGAAUGUGGCUGACCUCAUUUGAGCCCUGAGAUUUGUUUUCCUUUUAAAACGCAGUGAUAGCGACUGUACACUUGCAUUGUGCUUAUUAUUCGAGAGGAGGAAAAAAAAACACAAAUUGAUGCUAAACCUUGGAUGAGAAUAUUUUGCAAUGUGUUAAAAGCGAGGUGACUUCUGUGGCGGUCCCUCUUGGACAGUUGUAGACUUCUAACCUCCACAGCUGGCUGGUUGGGGGCUACAAAGCCAUGGGGUCUGUAAACAUGGUCCUUUUCAGGUAUUUCUUUCCAUGUUAUAUUAUAAUGCAUAUAUUCGAUGUUCUCCACCAUUUAGUAACCUACUUGUGGACUAAAAGGUAUAAGUGCUGUAUAAAGUCAGCAAAUUCUGUUAUGCUAACAUGUGCGAUGUGUUGUGGGUCUGCUUUAGUAAAGGCACUUGUCAUGGUGUAUAUAGAUUUGCUUUUUGUUAACUUUUGUGAAUGUUUUAUUUAAAUGUACUAUGUUUUUAUCCAACUUGCUCAAUCAAAAUUUAUCACUGUUUGGCCAUAGUUUGCUGAUGUUUGGGUUUUUUUACUCGUACUAUAGUAUAUUGCCAGUUACAACCCACUAUGUACUACUUUUCAGAGCUCCUCCAAAAUUGUAUGAAUGUCUUAAUAAACAGAAAUUGCUGUAAAA